GAACCCAUUUAUUCAGGGCCCAAUUGGGCUUUGUCGGUCAUCUCUAGCUGCCUUAUCUAUCCAAAAUCCAAUCCAUAUGCUUCUCUUCUUCACUGGUUUAACCUAAAUUUUUGGCCACCAGUAGAGUGAAGGUGGCUGCUGGGGUACGGGAACGAAGAUGGAAGAGAAAGUCAAGAUUUUAGCAUUCAUCGGAGCUGGAGCUCUAUUGGGUUCUGCUGCUACACUUGCUAUCUCAAAGCUUCUUUCCGAUCCACUGCCAAUAAGCAACCAAUGUGUUGGAAAAGUGUAUACAAGUGAGGCAGUAAAAUCAAAUGGGCUUCCUGGAUCCAAAUGUAAUGGACUGGCUACUCCAAACCCGUUGACUGAUGAAGUAGUUUCUGAACAACUGACCAGGAAUAUACAGUUCUUUGGCCUUGAAGCCCAACAGAAAGUGACUGCAUCAUAUGUUGUGGUAAUUGGUCUUGGAGGAGUUGGAAGUCAUGCUGCAUCCAUGCUUCUGAGGUCAGGAGUUGGUAGGCUACUUCUUGUGGAUUUCGAUCAGGUGUCGGUCUCCUCAUUAAAUAGACAUGCUGUUGCCACAAGAGAAGAUGUUGGUACCUCAAAAGCCUUGUGCCUCAAGAAGCACUUCCAAUCAAUUUUCCCAGAGUGCCAUAUAGAUGCUAAAGUUAUCUUAUAUGAUUCAUCGUCCGAAGAAGAAAUUCUGUCUGGCCACCCUGAUUUUGUCCUUGAUUGCAUUGAUAAUAUCGACACAAAGGUGGCACUUCUCGCUGCAUGUGUUCGAAGAGGUUUGAAAGUUUUAUCUGCAACUGGAGCUGGUGCAAGGGCUGAUCCAACAAGAAUUCGCGUGGCUGACUUAAGAGAGUCUACCAAUGAUCCUCUAUCUCGAGCUGUAAGACAUCGUUUGAGAAAAGAUCAUGGUAUUGAUGGUGGCAUUCCUGUGGUAUUUUCUCUUGAGAAACCAAAGGCAAAGUUGCUUCCCUUUAAAGGGCCAAGCGGAGAAGAAGAAAAUCCAUCAGAUUAUCAAAUAGUGCCUGGAUUUAGGGUCCGCAUCAUUCCAGUUCUGGGGACUAUACCUGCAAUUUUUGGGCAAGUCAUGGCUUCCUAUGUUGCGACUCAACUUGCUGGAUUGCAAGUCCAUAUGGAACCAGUGGUGAAUUUUGAUACGGAUCACUACGAAAUCCUCCAUCAACGCCUUAUUGAGCAUGAAGAGUUGCUAUAUGGUACAUCCAUGCAAGUGGAGGUAGAUGUUGAAGAAGUUGUGUACAUUGCCAAAGAGUUGUGGCAUGGGAGAAGUGCAAGGGACCUAUCCAUUAAAGAUGUAGGGCGAGCAAUGUGGCGUUCAGUGAAUGAGUUGAUGCUUGUGAGGUGGGAUAAAACAAAGUCGGCCUCAGUUUCAAAUCUAAUCCUUCUAAGAUUCAAGGAGGCCGACGAACACGAGUCAAGGUCACUGGAAGAUAUAAAGGAAGAAGAACCAGAUUUUUUUGUUAGGGUGACAACUGUGCUGAAGCGAGCAGAACUGGAGUUUGGCUUUUAAGAGAGGCACACGUAUCCCACCAGCUAUAAGAGCAGUCUGAUUUGAGAUUCAUUUCAGCACAAUUUUGUUUCGCAGGUGCAUUAGGUAUGGUUCAGGAACCCGAAAAUCACCCACUUGCAGAAGUAAAACUCAAAAGCUGUCUGAAGUGGAAAUCAUCAAGGUUUUGAGCCUCGUUUCUUUCUUGAUGAUAUUUAGAAUACUUUAAGGAGCAAACAACUUGGAAGUAGCUGAACACUUUGACCAUAUCAAAAGCUUAUUUAGGGAUUUCUUUUUGUUGUUGCAGAGGGGUGGGAGUGAUGGAUAUGUGGGACAUAGAAUUAUUUCAACACUUCUAUUUUUGGUAUAUCCGUCUGCAAUUUCAAAUGUCAAUCCUCAAAAUGAAGGCCAACUUUAAAGAGUUACAAGUUCUUGAUUUAGGAGACAAUCACUUUAAUGACACAUUCCUCAUGUGGUUGGAAACUCUGCCAGAGCUGCAAGGUUUAGGUUUGAGAUCAAAUAAAUUGUGUGGAUCCAUUAAAACUUCAAGAAUUGAAGACAUGUUUCCCCAACUUCUAAUUGCAGAUCUAUCUUACAAUAUCUUUUUGGGAAA